GCGUGACAGCUGCACGGGAAGCCCAGGGGAUUAGCGCCCUGAGGGCAGCCCUUACCGCUCCCGCCUCAGACUUCGCCCCGCCCGGGACCUCACCUCGCCACCACCCUCCCGGGAUCUCCUCCCGCCGGGCUGCCUCUAAGGGCCAAGCAUACGAACCGUGUGCGGAGGCUGGGCCACCCCGGCCCGGCCCAGCCCAAGCCGCCCUUCACGGCCGCGGCGGAGCGGGCACGGAGGAGGGGCCGGUCCCGCUGUGUGCCGCCCCCAAAAUGGCGGCGGCGGCGGCGCUGCGGCGGAGGGCGGGCGGCGGCGGGGCCGUGGCGCUGUGGCGGGCCCAGCGCCGCCAGCGCAGCACUUUCGAUGUGGCGGUGGUGGGCGCGGGAAUCGUGGGGCUGGCCUCAGCCCGGGAGCUCGUCCGGCGGCACCCCUCGCUCGCCUUCGCGGUCCUGGAGAAGGAGAAGGAGCUAGCUCAUCACCAGAGUGGACACAACAGUGGUGUCGUUCACAGUGGAAUCUACUACACACCUGGAUCUCUGAAAGCUAAGCUGUGUGUGCAGGGUGCAGCCCUUUGCUACGAGUACUGUGACCAGAAGGGAAUACCCUAUAAACAGUGUGGGAAGCUAAUUGUAGCUGUCGAGCAUGAUGAAAUUCCAAGGCUCAAAGCUCUGUAUGAAAGGGGACUGCAGAACAACGUCAGAGGCCUGAAACUGAUUGGACCAAAAGAGAUACAAGCAAAAGAACCUUUCUGCAGGGGUCUGAUGGCCCUUGAUUCUCCAUACACUGGCAUUGUGGAUUACAAACGAGUGGCCCAGUCCUAUGCUGAAGAUUUCCAGGAAGCAGGUGGGACCAUCUUAACUGAUUUUGAAGUUACAAACAUGGAGAUGGCGAAAGAAAGUCCUUCAGAAAGUGAUGAUGGACUAAAAUACCCAGUUGUUGUUAGGAACUCCAAGGGUGAGGAAAUCUACUGCAGGCAUCUUGUGACCUGUGCAGGACUUCACUCAGACCGCCUGUCUGAGAUCAGUGGCUGCAGCCCUGAACCUCGCAUUGUCCCCUUUCGUGGGGAUUAUUUGGUGCUGAAACCAGAAAAGUCCUACAUGGUUAAAGGAAACAUCUACCCAGUCCCCAAUCCUCGGUUCCCUUUCCUGGGAUUUCAUUUCACCCCAAGAAUGGAUGGCAGCAUUUGGCUGGGCCCUAAUGCAGUACUGGCCUUCAAGCGAGAGGGCUACAAGUGGUUCCAGUUCAGUACUGCAGACUUUCUGGAUGCUACAAUGUACAGUGGGUUGUGGAAGCUUGUGCUGAGGAACUUGUCCUACGGCCUGAGCGAAAUAUACAGAGCGUGUUUCCUUAGUGCACAGGUGAAGGAACUUCAGAAGUUCAUCCCUGAGGUCACCAUCAAUGAUGUAAUCAGGGGCCCAUCCGGAGUGAGAGCUCAAGCACUGGACAGCGAUGGAAAUCUGGUAGAUGACUUUGUGUUUGAUGGAGGCAGUGGAGACAUUGGAAGCAGAAUUCUUCAUGUCCGCAAUGCCCCUUCUCCUGCUGCCACCUCCUCCCUGGCCAUCGCGAAAAUGAUUGCAGAUGAAGUGCAGCAAAGAUUCGAAUUGUGAAUGAUUGAGGGGUGUAGUGAGGUUGUAGCCCUUGUGUAGGAGCUCUGCACCGUUUAGUGACAAAGAUAAAACAUGCAACUUGUUGCUUGAGAGCUCAGCAACCACCAUGUGAAAUGUUUGCCUUGGCUAGCCCACAACUUCUCAUCCUCACAAAUAAAGGAGUUACAGUGCCUGGUAAGACCUGGUGUGGAAGGACACAGCCAACAGCCCUGUUGGCAGUAGAAUUUUGUCCUCUUGAGCAGAAACAGCCCAUGGAUGGGUGGGUCAGUGCCAGGCAUAACUUGAGAGUCUCUCCAAUUGUAGUGGGUCUUGAGGUGGAGCAGGAAGAGCUUCUGUGAUGGAGCUGCCCAUACAGAUUUCCCAUACCUUUAGUCUGAAUGUUGCCGCCCUGCACGCUCUGGAAUCAGGGGUGGGGGUUGGUUCUCUGAAAAACCACAAGCAUGGAGUGGUUUUCUGUGUGAUUUCUUUCUGAUUCUGAAAUUGGAGUCUACAAUUCCCUAGCUGACAUUAAAAUAAUGGAGAUAAAGUAUAAGCCCUGCUUCAGGGUUCUGCCAAUAGGGAGUUAAGAGCUUUAUCAUAUAUUCAGAGGCUUCUACGUGGAUGUAGUUUUUCAGAGCAAAAUAAGCCUAACAAGGGAUUACCAAAUCCAAGUCAGUUUAGGUAUGUCACCUAGGUAUGCUGUCCAUCCAAUGGCUGGCUGUGUUUUUUCUUUUACAGAACUGAAGUUAAAAUGUAUACAUGAAGAAUAAUUUUUCAUUUAACUUGCACCUAGGAAGUCAGCACUGAGCAGAAACUACUUCAGUGGUUGUGGGUUUGGGGUUGGUUGGUUUUUUUUCCUUUGAAUACUGGUAAUGCAAAAGGUGCUUAUCUUUGUACAACAGGUUGAGCAAUGUGGUGGAAAUGGUCUUUGUAAAAGCAAACGUGAAGGGAGGGAAGCUACAGAAACCUGUCUUAAUUGAGUCAUGUUGUAUCUGCUUCCCUUGGAGCCCAAACAGCGGUGACUCAGGAAGGCUUCCCAUUUCCCACACGCCUGGGAAGAGGGGAGAUUAGAAAAUGCUCGGUUUUUUUCUUAACUCUUGAAGUUUUCUUAGGGGUACAUCUGGAAGAGCCUGUGUGGAGAAUGUGCUUUAAGCUAGUGAGAGGUGUUGUAUGAGUUUGAGAGUAACUUAGCUGAGUAUCUCGGUGUGUUCUGCAUAAUUGCUACAAAACAGAAUUACGUGGCCCCAGGGACAAAGUACUUGAGAAUACUUCUCAAGCAGAUGUUCACAGGAUGUUGGGUAACACAGAUAAUUGUGGGUAGUUUGCUACCAGGCAAUUUGCCAUACUUUUUUUUUUAAGAGUUAUUUUCUGUGCUCUUCUGACAUGUGUGAGGGAAUGUGUUAGCAUGGGGGUCAGCUGUGCGGGCCGGUGGGUUUAUUGUACAGAGCUGAGCUGCUUUGAGGGGAAAAAAAAGGGCUUAACUUCUAUUUUUAUUCCCCCUUUUAGUGACAUCUAUUUUACCAGGAAAGUGACUCCUGUAUAAGCACACAGCCUAAAAAUUAAAUGACAAACCCCUGAAAGAAAAGCUUUGGCCAUUAUUCUUCACCACAAUACCACUAGACAGAGAUUCAGAUAUUCCAAGUGCUGAAAUGCCACACGGCUGUGUAAAAGUUUUAUCUGCACAACGAAACAAUCAUAUCUUCGCUCCCUGCCAGAAGUGUUGCCUAUCAACAGUAAAUCCUACAAAAGGAUUGCAAAAGCAACUUCCUCCCACACGAGGUGUGGCCCCAACAUGUAUUAACAGAAGAAAGAGCAUUAAAAUGUAAAGCAGUCAUAGAGGAUGGCGAAUCUGAAGUCAGCACAUUUCCUUGUGCAGCCUGCUGUGCUUUUUACUCUCAGGAGGUGAUUUUGGGGCAGAGUUUAACUGAAGGUUUCAAAUGAUGAAUCUUCAGGUAGCAUUCUGUGAAAUAUUUCUAUUUUUAGAGAUAGUUAUAAACCUUUUUUAAAGGAAUACUUUCAUGAGAAUCAUGAAAAUGGAGUUUCAUACAUAAAAAACCUCCUUGCCCACAAUGCGUGAAAAUGUCUGAAUAUAUUGUCCAAAGAGGUCUAAUUCACUUGAAUGUCUUAAGAAAUAUGUCUUGUAAGAUUAAAAUAGUGUGGUGAUUUGUUUUUAA